GAUAUCGCAUCAUGGGAGCAUUCAAUCCGUACUAUCAAUGACCCUGCCCGAUAUCAAGGUUCUGGUACAGUUUCCAUCAUUUCGGGGCCAAUCCAAUGCCCUACCCUAUCCCACAAACUAUUUUGUCUAUGAAUAUGUUUCCGGCUGGCUCACGCGUCUUCUUUUACGACUCUACUGGCCAGCUCGUUAGAGGCGUCGUCGAAUCCACUACCCGUAUGGCAGAUGGUACGCAAAUGGUUAUCAUCAGACGCGACAAUGGAGGAAUUAUGACCUUGCCGUAAGUGGUUCACUUUUGUAUUGCGUUGCCAUCACCUCAUGACCGUAGAUCCGCGAGUGUUUCGAAAGGUUAGACAGCAUGUGGG